CUAUACGUGGCCCAGCGGUAUUGCAGCGAUAUCUUCGAAAAAAAUAUUUAUUUCAAUUUUAUUAGUGUUAUUAUACAUUUAGAAAUUUAUCUAAUAAAAUACCAACACAAUGAAGUGUACUUGGAAAUCUUUAUGGAUUACCGCAACAUUAUUGGUGGCUUUAUUUAGCACAGCAAAAAGUUACACUAUCACUGUAGACGCUCACGCCGAAGAAUGUUUUUUUGAAAAUGUUGAAGCUGAUACAAAAAUGGGUUUGAAAUUCGAAAUAGCAGAAGGUGGUUUCUUAGACAUAGACGUCACUAUCACUGGCCCUGAUGGUGCAGUAAUCACGCGAGGAGAAAGAGAGUCUUCCGGAAUAUACACAUUCUCUGCCCCCACAUCAGGAAAAUACACUUACUGUUUUAGUAAUAAAAUGUCUACUAUGACUCCUAAGGUGGUGAUGUUCAACUUGAAUGUUGGUGAAGCCCCUAGCAAGGCCGGCAAGGAUGAUGAGGUGGACCACAACAAAUUGGAGGACAUGAUCAAAGAGCUGGCCGCCACGCUCAAAACAGUCAAGAAUGAACAGGAAUACAUGCAGGUCAGAGAUCGCAUUCACCGAGCAAUUAAUGAGAGCACCAACUCUCGUGUCGUCAUGUGGUCGAUAUUUGAGGCCUCAGUUCUCCUAAUCAUGACCCUCGGACAGGUCUAUUACCUCAAGAGAUUCUUUGAAGUGCAGCGAGUGGUCUAAACGUGUCCUGCCCGGUUGUUCUGCAAUGUACUAUAUUAACUUUGUUGUUAUACAACUGUUCAGUAUAGUAAAAUGAGCCGUUUGUAUUUCUUGAUGAAUCUUUCGGUUUAUUGACUUAUAUUUUCUACACAAUUAUUUAUUUGUAUUUUUGUAAUGAAGUAUAUAUUUUGCUCAUAGCUAUCAAGAAAUACAACCUGCUAUAAGAGAAAAUGUGUAGGUACACCUCGCUCCCAUAUUGCAUCACUGUUCAUGUCUCCAUGAAUGUACGGUUUUCAAUAAUAUUCAUAAAACAUCUGUAUAAAUAUACCAUUGAACAUUUGAUUAUGAAGUAUUCUGUUUAUUUUGUCGCCAUAUUUAUUUGUUCCAAAGCCACGCACACAAUAAUGAUAUAGAUUCUAUGUAAAUAACCA